UCCAAGUUUAGUUUGUAUUCUGUUUGUUUGCGAAUUUUAACACAAUUUUAUUGUUUUUUAGACUUUUAUUAGUAGUGGGACGAUCGUGUUUUUCGAUUAUGUGGGGAUUCUCAGCUCGGAGCGCAAACUAAUAUAAUUUAUAAAAAUGUCCAUAAGAUCUGGUCUAUCCAGACUGCUAAGCGUUCGGCACCGACUGCGCGAAUUCUAUUGCAGUACCAACACCUUCGAACCGUAUUUGAAUUUAUCCAUGCGCUUUCCUCUGACCUGUGGUGUCUGUCGCAGUUACAGCCAGAACGCUUACCAGAAUCAGGACGAUGUUGAUUUUAUUGCGGAAGAGCUGGAAUUCGACAGCACGGACCUCGCCGUCCCUAACGCUGCUCCAUCUCCUGCUCGCACUGAGCAGUUCUCUUCUGCAGUCAGGUCUGAACAUGGCAAGUUCUCUACCGCGGUCAGCACGGAACACGUCCCUUCUCCCUCCGCGAUGUGGGAUCGUCGGGUUCCCCUGUCUGUGGACGAAUACAAAUCUCUUACGCUGCGACCAACGGAGCAGGUUGUAAAUCCGCGAUAUCUGAGAGUAUCCAUAAUCGGCUCCCCCAACGCUGGCAAAUCUACUUUAACUAAUCAGAUUCUUGGCUGGAGGGUGAGUUCUGUUUCGGCCAAAGUCCAUACAACCCGCCGCAACACAUUAGCCAUCAUGACGGAGGAAAACGUCCAGCUCGUCCUCGUCGACACACCCGGCAUCGUCAAUCCGAAGCACGCUAAGAAGCACCACUUAGAGCGCUCCUUAGUGACGGAUCCCGGCGCCAGCUUACUGGCGGUGGAUGUGGUGGCCGUGAUCGUCGACGCGUCCCAACCGUAUUCCGAGCGCACCUUGGAUCCCCUCAUCCUCCACAUGUUGUACUCCAAUCCCUACCUGGAGUGUAUCCUCAUCCUGAAUAAAGUCGACCGAAUAAAGAAAAAGUCUAAGCUGCUGGAAAUGGCCAACGUGUUGACGUGUGGCGUGGUGGAUUCAGUCAAAGUGCAGCGGCAUGAACCGGUGGAGUCGUAUUUGUCACGGGCGCAGAAAGGGCAGCUGAAAUUGGAGCGUGCCACGGGAUUGCGCCCGGCCGCCGCCGAUCCGGAAGCCACGUUCUGGGAUGAUGUGGAGGCGUUCGGCAAGAUGGAGUGGUUUGAGGAUAAACGGCGAUUUGUCGAGGAACGGUGUGGCUGGCCGAAAUUCAAGGAGGUGUUCAUGAUAUCCGCGCUGGAUGGAGAUGGUAUUGAAGAAUUAAAGAGUUAUCUGAUGAAGACCGCGCAUGCAGCGGAGUGGCGAUUCAAUCCGGAGCUUGUGUCGAACCAGUCGCCGAGAGAAAUUGUUCUUAUGGCGGUCAGAGAGAAGCUGCUGGAGCAUUUGCGCUUCCAGCUCCCGUACCAGGUGGAACUGUUUUUGAAGGAAUGGCAGGUGGAUGAUAGGGGCACAUUACGACUUUCUGUGCAAGUGAAGUGCCCGAAAAAGUCCGAUAUGAAAUAUGUGGUUGGAGAAAAUGGUCGACGUAUUCGCGAAAUCGCAUACGAAGCCGGUCAAGAAAUGAUGAACACUUUUCGAUGUGAGGUGUUGUUAAGAUUGAUAGUAACCUUUGAUUUGUUUGAUUGUUCUUAUGAAUUCUUCGUGGCAGAGCAGUUGUGACAAAAUAUUUAUGUGAGAAUGCACAGGCAGUGCAUUAGUUUCGGUUUUGGGGAGUUGUUUGGCACUUUCGUUUUAAAAACGUAAGGUACGUAGAUGACACGAGUAUGAUUGUUAUAAAUUAAAGUUUUAACGAAAUG